UUCAAGAUGGAUGGAAUCACGGCGGUGGCGGUAGCGCGCACGGGUGAAUCGUAAAGGGUGGCACCGAGGGGGGAAGGAAUGGGGAUACUCGUCCAGUGGUGAAAAGGGUGAGUAACAGCCCCUCUUCCUGUUCGCUUACGGUUGGUCUCUGUUUGCACAAAGGAGCGGGUUUCCCCGUGUACAAAGGCGUCUUUUCCUGACGUAACUCUGAGAUUAUCUGAGAUACAGACUUCAAAAUAAUUGCAAACCAGGAUGUAAAGGAAAUCUUGGGCCUAAAAUUUUGGAGCCUAUUCACUUUGGAGCCAAAUAAGAAGCAAAUUUGUGGUAAGCCUAAAUCAUGGAGGGUCUCCUACAUUAUAUAAAUCCUGCACAUGCUAUUUCUCUAUUAAGUGCUUUAAAUGAGAAACGUCUAAAGGGGCAACUCUGUGAUGUUGUUCUUAUAGUUGGAGACCAAAAAUUCCGAGCUCAUAAAAACGUUCUGGCUGCCAGCAGUGAAUACUUUCAGACUCUGUUCACUAAAGAAAAUGAGACUCAAUCAGUAUUUCAGCUUGACUUUUGCGAACCAGAUACUUUUGAUAAUGUAUUAAACUACAUUUACUCAUCAUCCUUAUUUGUGGAGAAAAGCAGCCUAGCAGCUGUGCAAGAAGUGGGGUACAGUCUUGGAAUUUCUUUUCUUACCAACAUUGUUUCUAAAAGUCCUCAGGCUCCUUUGCCUGCAUGUCCUAUUAAGAAAAUAAUGGUCCAGGAAGAAGAUGAAAGCACGACCCAGAAACGAAGUGUCAUAGUUUGUCAGAGCAAAAAUGAAACACUGGGAGAUAAUGUUGGUCAUGCUCUUCAUGAAUUAAGCCAUAGUUUUCAACACUCAUCUUCCAUUGUCAUCAAAACCAAGCAGCCACAAGCAACAAAGACAACUGAAUUUCUCCACAGUCUACCACUAAAUGAAAAGAAAUGGUUGAAAGACAGUUUUUUAAAAUAUUCCAAGUCACAUGAAACUUCAAGUGCACUGGAUGACCAAAGUGGAACUAAAAGGAAUGCAGUAUUAUCACAGAAACCUUUUUCAGACAAGGAAGUGGUAGCAAAUGAACCAACAGGAGGAAAGUCAGCAGAAGUACCUUUGAAAAGGCCAUGUCCACCAGUUGUAUCUGUAUGUAGUUCUUCAGAAUCUACAUUUUUGUUGAGAGAGACAGGAAAAGGAGCUGGUCCAGGGGAAGAUAGAAAUUUGCUAUACUAUUCAAAGUUUGGGUUAGUGAUUCCAUCUAGAGUACCUGUUCCUGAAAAGCAAGGUAUUGAUAGGAGUGGGCCACUUGUAAAAAGUCUCCUAAGGAGGUCAUUGUCCAUGGAUAGCCAGGUUCCUGUUUAUUCAUCUCCUGUUGACCUGAAGCCUUCGUGUGUAUCUUCAGCAAUCAACAACACCCAAGGGAGAACAUCAAACAUAACAUCCCCAAAGCCAUCCAUGAAAGAGUCCUCAGAAAAGGCAGCCGCUGAUAACAAGACACAGGUAAUUCACUCACAUCGCCUUAGAUCUUUUAGUGCCUCACAGUCAAUGGACAGGGAGAUAACAUCACCUCCUCUUAGAGAAAUGCGGAUAAAAACUGAGCCCAGCAGCCCUCUUUCAGAUCCUUCUGAAAUAAUAAGAGUUACAGUUGGGGAUGCCUCAUCUGCCAAUAAAAGUUAUCCUUUUAAAAUUGAAGAUGACCAUAGAGAUUUGAGUAGACUUCCAGCUAAAAGGAGGUUUCAAGCAGACAGAAGACUUCCAAUAAAAAAAAUUAAGGUGGAUGAACAUGCUUCCCCUGGAUCAGAGGACAAUUUUGAGGAAAACUCAAAUCCUACACCACUUGAUGCUGAUUUCCCAGAUUCUGACAUUGGCAAAGAUGAAUAUGGUGAAUUGGAAGAAACAAAGCCUAACAAAAAGUUUAAGUGCAAACAUUGCCUUAAGAUUUUCAGGUCAACUGCAGGCCUUCAUCGUCAUGUCAAUAUGUACCAUAAUCCUGAAAAACCAUAUGCUUGUGAUAUUUGUCAUAAGAGAUUUCACACAAACUUCAAAGUUUGGACACACUGCCAGACACAGCAUGGAAUUGUGAAGAACCCCUCACCUGCUUCCAGUUCACAUGCUGUCUUGGAUGAAAAAUUCCAAAGGAAAUUAAUUGAUAUAGUGAGAGAGCGAGAGAUUAAAAAGGCUCUGAUUGUUAAACUAAGGCGUGGCAAGCAAGGUUUUCAGGGACAAGCUGCUUCACAAGCACAACAAGUCAUCAAAAGAAACCUAAGGUCAAGAACCAGAGGAGCUUACAUUUGUACCUACUGUGGAAAAGCAUAUCGCUUCCUGUCACAGUUUAAGCAGCACAUAAAGAUGCAUCCAGGGGAAAAAACAAUUGGAAUAAAUAAGGUUAUUAAACCAAAAGAGAAUAUUCAUGUUGAAAGCCCAGUAGAAAACAAAAAAAAUUACCAGUGUCGUCUUUGUAAUGCUAAGCUUUCCUCUCUUAUUGAACAGGGAAAUCAUGAGCGGCUCUGUCGGAAUGCCACAGUUUGUCCUUACUGCAGCCUUCGAUUUUCUUCUCUAGAGCUGAAGCAUGACCAUGAAAUUGCAUGUGAGUACAAGAAGCUCACUUGCUUAGAGUGUAUGCGCACUUUUAAAUCCUCUUUCAGUAUUUGGCGUCAUCAGGUUGAAGUUCACAAUCAGAAUACCAUGGCUCCCACUGAGAAUUUUUCUUUACCAGUUCUGGAACACAAUGGUGAAGUUAGUAGUAGUUCCAGAUUUCAUUCUCAGUCAGAGCCUAAUAAGAUGAACAACUUUGUUAUAGCCAAAGAAGACAGUGUAUUCAGUGAUUCAUCAGAACAGAUUAAUUUUGAUUCAGAAGAUUCCUCAUGUCUGCCUGAAGAUCUAAGUGUCUCCAAGCAGUUUAAAAUUCAGAUCAAAGAAGAACCUGCAGAUGAUAUAGAGGAGGAGGUUGUCUCUGAAGCCAACCAGGAACCCAAGGGAGCAAUUACUAAUAAAGACACUGGCUUAUGGCCCUGUGAAAAAUGUGGGAAAAUCUUUACUGUACACAAGCAGCUAGAGCGUCACCAAGAGCUGUUGUGCUCUGUGAAACCCUUCAUUUGCCAUGUGUGCAACAAGGCAUUCCGAACCAAUUUCCGUCUGUGGAGUCAUUUCCAGUCCCAUAUGGCACAACCUACUGAGGAACCUGUGAGCAAGAAUCCUGACAUGUGUGCACCAGCUAAUUCUCCAUCACCACCACCUUUGCCUCCUCCACCACCACUUCCAAAAAUACAGCCCUUGGAACCCGAUAGUCCCACAGGUUUGUCAGAAACCCCUCCAGCUACUGAAAAAUUAUUUGUUCCACAGGAAUCGGACACACUCUUUUAUCAUGCUCCACCACUUUCAGCCAUCACAUUCAAAAGACAGUAUAUGUGCAAACUUUGCCACAGGACAUUUAAAACAGCAUUUAGUCUCUGGAGUCAUGAACAGACACACAACUAACAACAAAGAAUGCUGGCAGGGAGUUUAAAAGAUCUCUUAAAUUUCCAUGAUGUCUCUGAAUUUAUACUGUUUAAACGAAAGAAUAUCUUUCUCCCUCUUUCUUUCUUUCUCUCUCUCUAUCUCAAGGGACAGGAGCACUCAACAGUUAGAAAUUUAUGAUGCUGCUGUGGAUGUGGAGAUUAAGGUAAACUACAUUAUUGUUAGUUGAGUAAAUUGCUCGUGUUUUGGGGUAUUGUGUUCUGGGUCUUCUAGUAACAGAAUAAUUAAUUAGAAUAAUUAAUUAAAAUCUGAUUACAUCUUCCUCAUUCUGUGAUAUUAGUAUAUACAAACUUCUAUAAAACAGCAAUUUAAGGGUUCAAAGUAAUGGAAUCCUGCAUCUAGUUUAUGGUUUUCACUGAAAAUUCUUUUCUGAGUUCCAUAUAAAAAUCAUCCAUUGUUGAGGGGGGAAAUUGAGUACCUUGCUGUGUUGACUUAGUGAUUAUGAAACAUUAGCAAUAACAAAUAAAACCUCAAAUUUGAAUUAACUUGACCCUGAUUGAAAACUUUGAUAAUUAAUUGUUAAGUAUGGAGGGAGGCAGUUGUUGCAAGAUACAGUACAAUCUGAAGUUAGCAAUAUGUGAAUACCUGGAUUUUUAUAUACAAAGUAGCAGACAGCCUACUUUCAGCCAUUUAAAGCAUUUUUGAAGGAAGAGUAUCAGAACAAAGUUACACUGAUUUAUUUAAUGUCUCAGAGGCUGAUAUUCUAUAGAUAUUUUGGUAACUAGAGUUAUUGUGCUAAAGAAGCAGCCAGCUGUGUAUCCUAAUGCAAAACUAUAUUACUGUCUUUUAAAUAUCAAACAGCAUUGUGUGAUUUUCAAAAAUUACGCUGUACUUGGUUUAUUUCUGAUUUGUAUUGGAGUGGAUGUGAUUUAUUAAAUGGAAUGUAUGAAUAUGCUAGUUUUUGAAAAAACAGGAGCAACUACAAUUCGCUUAGGUGAAUGUGGCAAGCCCUACUGUAACUACAAAAAUAACAUGACUGAAAAUUAAAAUGCAAAUAUUUAUAUAUGUAAGUGAAUAAAAUAAAAAUUCAAAG